CACUUGGAGAAUACAAAAGGCUUCAAUUUACGACAGUUAAAGUUCCUGGUGAUGGACGAGGCAGACCGCAUCUUGAACAUGGAUUUCGAGGUAGAGGUUGAUAAAAUUCUCAGAGUAAUACCACGAGAAAGAAGGACGUUACUAUUUUCAGCAACGAUGACAAAGAAGGUGCAGAAGUUGCAACGUGCAUCCUUACGCAAUCCCGUAAAAGUUGAAGUGUCUACCAAGUAUCAGACUGUAGAAAAACUGCAACAAUAUUACGUAUUUAUUCCAGUGAAAUUCAAGGACGUGUACCUCGUACACAUCUUGAAUGAACUGGCAGGCAACAGUUUCAUGAUAUUUUGCGGGACCUGCAAUAACACAGUAAGAACUGCCCUGCUGUUGCGAAACCUAGGAUUCACGGCGGUGCCCUUGCACGGACAAAUGUCGCAGAACAAGAGAAUCGCCGCGCUUACGAAAUUUAAAGCGAAAAACAGAUCUAUAUUAAUUUCAACGGAUGUUGCUAGCAGAGGUCUCGAUAUUCCGCACGUAGAUAUCGUCAUCAAUUUUGAUAUUCCUACGCACAGUAAGGAUUAUAUACACAGAGUAGGUCGAACUGCGCGUGCAGGUCGAUCAGGCCGUUCCAUCACAUUUGUUACGCAAUACGACGUGGAACUGUAUCAACGAAUAGAACAGUUGAUAUCGAAACAACUGCCGCUAUAUCCUACGGAAGAGGAGGAAGUGAUGUUGCUGCAAGAGAGAGUGAGCGAGGCGCAGCGAAUAGUAAAAAUGGACAUGAAAAACAUUGAAGAGAACAAAAAGUCGGGUAAACGAAGACGCGGUGGUGGCAACGAGGAUGACGACACAGAACAGUCUAUUGGAGUGAGAAAACGAAUGAAAGUAAAGACCAAAAGGAAGUGAGGAUGAUAUUGAAUUAGAUAUUGUAAGAUAUGUUAAUAUUAAUGAACAAUUAAUUUCGAUUUAAUAAAGUCUUUUCUUUCUAUGACUA